GAGUCGAAACAGAACCCAUUGUGGUGUUGGAGAGGAGUGAGCAGCUGCCUGAGAGAACAAGAAAAGAGGCAAUACCGUGACCGCGGACGGGACUCGCAACACGCGGACAGAUAUGGACGUUAAUUCACCGCACGGACGCUGUUGUCCUUUGUAAAGAGGAGUCCGUCGUCCAGUCGGAAACAUCCGGUAAACGAAGAGUUAAGGACUCGACAGCUCAACUGUUUAUUUCAGCGGCUAGCAGGCUAGCUGGCUAGAUACCUAAGAGCUAGAAAUGGGAAGCCCGUUUGAGUGUGCUUGAUAGAGAUCUUCGUCGAGCUUUGAAGAAGCAGCUUUCGGCUGAGAUACAAUCGCCGGUGUUUUAAAGUCCCCUCUCGUCCGCCUCGUAAGUAGCCGCAACUUUGAAGAAUGAUAUCAGCUGAGCGCUAACCAUUUCACUACUACAAAGCCGGAGAGGGGGGAAAAGUCACAGAACUGCUGGCCCAAGUUUACAUACAAACUGCAGAGAGAACAUGACGCACUGGCCACUGCCAAAGUCUGGCACAGUGCAGCUGUGCCAACCUCGCCCCUGUCUGCCGCUUUAGAAGGUUCCCCUUUGCACCAUGACGGAGAGGCAUUGAGGUUAGCUCCCUGACGAUCAUCUCAAUACCUCUCCUCCUCCUCCUCCUCCUCUUCCCCUGUCCCUCAACACCCCACUCCUGACCCAUCCACAUCAUGCUGCGCUUCCUGCCUCUCAAACUUGGCCGCCUGUACCGCUGUCUAAAGCUCCUGUUGGUGGUGGGAUUGUUUGUCAUCUUGUUGAUGAACACCCACAACCUGUUCGCGUCCUUCCAGAAGAAUGAGCUCACAGACAGACGAUUCAUCAAUCUCAACAAGUGUCCCGCCUGCUUUGGCACCAGCUGGUGCCGCAAGUUCAUGAACGGCCAGGUUUCCUUUGAGACCUGGGGUCGCCUGCGGUUUCUAGACGUUUUCAAUGUCAAGAAUGUUUACUUCGCGCAGUACGGAGAGCCCAGGGAGGGCACUCGUCGCGUGGUGCUCAAACGGCUCGGCUCCAACCAGGAGUUGGCCGAGAUAGACCAGAAAAUCUGCAAGAGGGCCACAGGCAGGCCGCGAUGUGACCUCAUCCAGGCAAUGUACAAGACUGAAUUUGCCCGGAUCAACGGCGAUGUUCGACUGCUUACUCCAGAUGUGGUAGAGGGCUGGUCAGACUUGGUGCACUGCCCCUCUCAGAGACUGCUGGACCGUGUGGUCCGCAGGUACGCCGAAACCAAGGACUCUGGCAGCUUCCUGCUAAAGAACCUCAAGGACACGGAAAGAAUGCAGCUGCUCAUGACGCUGGCAUUUAACCCGGAACCACUCGUAUUGCAGAGCUUUCCGUCAGAUGAAGGGUGGCCGUUCGCCAAGUACCUGGGAGCAUGUGGGCGCGUGGUAGCUGUCAACUACGUAGGUGAGGAUCUGUGGAGCUUCUACAAUGCGCCGUGGGAGAAGAGGGUAGACUUGGCACGCCAGCUGAUGGACAUUGCCGAGCAGCUCACCAACAAUGACUUUGAGUUCGCCCUCUACCUGCUCGAUGUCAGCUUUGACAACUUUGCGGUCGGCCCACGUGACGGAAAGGUCAUCAUUGUCGACGCCGAGAACGUUCUUGUGGCCGACAAAAGGCUCAUCAAACAGAACAAGCCGGAAAACUACGACGUGUGGUACGAGAGCCGGUUUGAGGAGUGCGACAGGGAGGCCUGUCUGUCUUUCUCCAAGGACUCUCUUUGUUCCAGGGUCACUGUGGACCACAACUACUAUGCCAUAUGUCAAAACCUGCUGUCACGGUAUGCUACAUGGCGGGGCACCACUGGAGGUCUCCUCCACGACCCGCCUGCCCACAUAGCCAAAGAUGGACAACUCAAGGCUCUGUUGGACGAGUGCACCAAACCCAAAAAACGUUACGGCCGCUUUCAGGCAGCAAAGGAACUGCGCGAAUACCUCACACAGCUAGCUGCCGCAUCCUCCUCUGCCAUGGCCAGGUAAUGAAUGGAGUCGGCGUUAGCCUGACGCAAUGAGAGACUGAAUUCUGUACUUUUUGUCUCUGGACUCUUAAGAUCCUGGUUCUUGUUCAUGAUGUCAUUUGUUCUCCUUUAUGCUUUGGAGCUGGAAGGUGUUAGCUCUUGCAUCAGGAAGGGUAAGAAUCAAACUUCAAAGCUGAUUUCUCAAAGCUGUAGCUUUUACCUUACUUUGCUCCUGUGUAAAAGAGGAAUGUGGCGCUAUAAAAUUCUGGUUAGAACCAGGAUGGAGAGGGAAUCGAGGUAAAUUCUCCCCUCCCAGGGUGGCCUGCCAUCUCUGGGGGAUGGGAAGAUGAGAAAGGGCUCUGGUAAACGCAUCCUUCACUGGACACAGGCUUACACAAACCAGAGCGUCCAAGCGGCCGCGGCAACAUGACAUAGCCCCGACCACGUCCAUCCUCCUGCCAUUCCUCAGUCCAUCCGAACUGUUGUGUUUGAUCGUAACACUAAUUUCUCUUGUUUAAAUUUGCUGUUCUUUUCAAAACUAAAUCCAAGUUUAAGUUUUUCUUUUAUUUUUUUCCUUCCUUUUUUUUGCUGUGCCAUGGCUUUGCCCCCCUCUGUAGCAUUGCUGCAGAGAAGGUGGAAGUAGCAUGAAUCUGCCGUCUGGCAGCAGAAAAGGCCAGGCUGCAUCGAGUUUAGAGGAUAAACAGAAAUUUGGAGUUUUCAUUUUCAUGCAGGACAAAAGGAAAACCCUUGAUGUCUGUAGAAGUAUAAUUUCCUGCUAUUCCAAACAAUCACUUGAUCUCCAAGUUAUAGAAUUGAUGCAAUCAUCCUGGACUGUUCCUCUCCCCAAAUCUUUCCCUUUUAAUGGGACCAGUGAGAGCUUGAGACAGCUGUUUUUAGGAAAAAGAAGAUACAAAUUGGACAUUGGUGGGUCUCUUGAUGCAGAUUUGCCUAUACCAAAGAGGCUAGUUGUAAAAUUAGGAAUUCUAAGCAGUACAGAAAGUUAUAUUUUUGGUUCCCCACCAGAGCUGUCCAGAAAAACUUUAAUGUGUACACACAUCUUAUGUGAGCUGUCAGGCCUGCAUACUGAUUCUCCUCUCCUAAGAACCAAAACUCUAGGCAGAUCUAAGGCAUAAAUUAGCCAUAUUAAAUGUCACAAAACCCUUUCUGCUUUGUUAGCCUCUUGAUAGGAUAAAUCUUUUUUUUCCAAACUUGAUAAAAGUGAAUAGUAGUGGCCUCUUCUUUCAGAUUCUGUUUUUUUAAGUAUCUGUAAUUAUAAAUGAAUUCUUCUGUGCUAUGCUCCCACUAAUGUUGAGUUCAGUAAGCUCCAUCAAGCCAACGGUAUAAAAAGCAAUGAAGAUAACCAAAUUACUUCCUUGCUCCAGAAAUGGCUUCUGACUUGCACUUUUUGAAUCCCAGAAAUGUCUGCUGAAUAUUUAAACACUCGGCACCACUUAGAGGUUGGGUUGAUUUUACACUUGGUGGGCCAACAAAUUAAAGCGUAAUGAGCGUAGGAUCAGCUGAUAAUGCAUUGUGAGAGAUCUUUCUUUAAAAAAAAAAAAAAAAAAAAUCAAAUAAACCCGUCUCUGGCUCCAUAUGUUUUAUAUGUCAACUGUUUUGAUGUUGUGAAUCAGAUGCCCAGUGGAGUGUUGUGUAGCACAGUCAACAGACAGGCGAAUAAUCAAAAGUGAGCCACUCCACCUGUGGGGAAAAGAGAAAGCACAGCAGUUUUUGUUUGUUUAUUUUUUUGGCCUUCUCUGAGACCUGGAGAGCUGAUGUGACCUUUUGCCAGUUUGGAAAAGCAAUAAAGACAAGUUUGGCUAAUGGAUUUUUGUUUCUGAACCCCCUUCUCCUUUGUUGUGUCAGCUGUAUUUCUGUUUCCCCGAGUCUGGAGGAUGGUCAACUUGGAAGGAUUUGUUCAUGCGUAACUAACUGUCCUCUUUUUGUACUGUAAUAUAUUUUUUUCUUUUGAGUAUUAUAUCAGCAUUGUCUGAUUUUUCCUGUGCCUUUCAUUCAAAAGUUGUAUUUACAACUUUUAGUGGGUUUAAAUAUUAAAAUAAAUGAAGAUCUAUAUAUAGAUAUAUACACA